AUGUAAAGAGUUAAAAGAGAUGAGUAGACUAAAGAAGUUAUUAAUGUACUCCUUGCAGAAGAUGCUCCUAUUUAAAGUCUUAUUUGCAAUUUAUAUAAUAGGGAUAGCAUUAAUUGAUUUAUUAUAAUUGUGUAAUUAUUAAGUAGUGGCAUGUGAAACAGGUAUUUAAGCAAGGGAUGAACUUCUGAAAGUAGAAAAUGAAUUUGAUUUAAUUUUGUUGGAUUUAGGUCUUCCUGAGAUGACAGGUUUGGAACUUUUGUAAAUUAUAAAAGCGUAAAAAUUUAUUUGAGAAUCAAGUAUUGAUAAAUUGAAAGAUGUUCCAGUGAUUAUGAUGAGUGGUGAUGAUGAGACAGAAACAGUUGCUGCUUGUUUAAAUGCAGGAGCAGAAGAUUAUAUGGUAAAACCUGUAAAUUUUAAAAAACUUCAAGGGCUUUAAACAUUCGUAAAAAAAAAGCCAAAGUCACGAAAUGUAUAAAUCUAUUUAAAUUUGUUAUAGGGCAACUAAAACGAAAAAGGAUAUUAUACAAUUGUUAGAAAUAUAGGUAAAGGUGCUUCUGGUUCUGUAGAAUUAGUAAGAAAAAGUACUGAUUAAGAAUUAUAUGCAAUGAAAGUAAAAUAUAAAUGAAUUUAGGUAAUUCCAACCUUUUUUAUGAAUGAAUAAGAAAGAAAAAAUGCUGAAAAUGAAGUGAGUUUAUUAAGAGUUCUAACAGCUCCAACAAUAAUUAAAUAUUAUGAAAGUUUCACUGAAAAUGAGUCUUUGAAUAUCAUCAUGGAAUAUGCAGAAGGAGGAUCAUUAACUGAGAAAAUCUCUGAAUAUUAACGAUAUGGAAAUUAGGUUCCAAAAGAUUAAAUAUUAGCUUGGAUGGCUUAAUUAGUAAUUGCAAUACAUUUUAUGCAUUCUAAGAAUAUCCUUCAUAGAGAUAUUAAAACUUAAAAUAUGUUUUUGAAUAAAGGUUUAUAUUUCAUUAUAUUUUUAAUAGAAUAGGUAAUUAAAUUAGGAGAUUUUGGAAUUUCAAAAGCAUUAGGUACUCAUGCCAAUUUUGCAUAAACUUUUCUUGGAACUCCUUAUUUUAUGUCACCUGAAGUUAUUAGAGGUUAACCAUACGGAAAGAAAUCUGAUAUAUGGGCUUUAGGUUGUGCUUUAUAUGAAUUGGUUAUGUUAAAACGACCAUUCUAACAUGAUAACAUUCAAAUAAUUUUUGAGAUGAUUCAAAAUAAACCUUAUGAUAUGGAUCCAUCAGUUGACUAAGAUCUUUAAUAACUAAUUGAAAAAACAUUAUAAAAGGAUCCUAAUAAUAGGCCAACAGUUGAAGAUCUAGCUGCUAUACCCUGUAUUGAAGAAAAAAUUAAUUAAUUUUAUAAGGAUCAUCCUAAUGAAAGUACUAAGUUUUUUUGAUUUUUUGUUAGCUAAUUUAAUUUCAGUCAAACGAUUAUAAUUGGGUCCAUAAUUGUAACCUGAAACAACAGAAUAAGUAUUAGAUGAAAAUUAUAUUGCUAUAUCUGCUGAUAUGAUAGAGAAAAUAUAAUUAAGAAAAGUAAUAUAUGGAUUCAUUAAUUAAAUGUAAAAAUAAUUUUUAAUAGUUUAGUGAAUAUAUAGGUGCUUUAGGUCAAGAUAUUUUAAAUUAUCUUUAAAAAGCCUGCAAAAAUUAAUUAGAAAUUCAAUAAGUUAGUCAACAAUUAUUAGAAUCUUAACUUAUAAUACCCUUAGAAUCUUAAAAAGAUUUAACACCAAAUUAAUAUUAUUCUUUUCCAAUCUUCCUUUAAUUUAUAGCUGCUAAUAAUUUUUAAAAAUAUACAGGAAAUUCUGUAGAUUUUAUGGAAAUCUUGGAAAAAUUAAUAAAAAAGUUUAAAGAAUUCUAAAGCAAAUUUGUAGAGAAGAAUAAUAUUAAAGGAGAGAUUUUAGAAUAAGGAUUUAAAGAGUAUUUUGAAUUAAUUUAAGAAACAACUUAAUUAUAAAAAUCAACAAUGAUUGAUUAUUCUUAAGAAAAGAAAAUUGCAGCUUAUGUGAAUGUAUUUUAAUUAAUGAGAUUUCAUCAGUAAUACUUAUUAUAUAAAUUAUUAGAUCAUUAAAUUAAUAUUAUGUUGAUAAACUCUAAUAAAAAGGAGUGAUAGAAGAACCUAAAUCAAUAUUAAAAACAAUUAUAGGUUCUAUUUUACCUCCACAUCCUAUAAAAGUAGAUUUUGCUUAUUCUAUAAAUAAAUUAAUUACUACUUUACCUUAAAUUAAACAUGGAAUAUUAAGAAGAAAUAAACCUGCUCCAAAUUUUCAUUAAUUACCAAAUAAUGAUCCAAGAAUUCUCACAGUUGAUACAAGAGGAAUAAUUUUCAUAUUUACUGAAGAAUACUAAGAUACUAAUGUUAGUUUAAUCACUGAACUAUAAUUCUUAGAUGAAAAAUCAGUAUAAUAAUUUAUUUAAAAUCAUAUUAAAUAAUUUAUAUUGAAGAAUGUCUGCCUUGAUAUUAUUGAAUAAGAAAUAAUAAUACAUCCAUUAUGUUAAAGUAUUAAAAAUGAAAUAAUUAUUAGCUUAUCUAAGUGAUUUUGGAUCUGAAAAAUAAUUAUUUUAAUGGUUAUUAGAAAGGAUGGAUGAUGGAUAUAAUAAGGAAAAACUAUUAAAUUAGUACGACUAAUAGGAUUUUUAUAUAAGAUUCAAAAAUCCUAACGAGUAGAAAAAAUAACCAAAAAAUUGA